AUGUCUGAACGGCCUGGAUCAACGUCCAGUGAGGAUGGAUUAGACAGAAGAACGCUGUUUGUGCAGAACGUGGCGCCAAGUGGAACGAACGAGGAGUUAAACGACUUCUUUUCGCAGUUCGCUCCGGUGCGACACUCUGUGAUUGUGAACGACAGCGAGGGAAAGAGCCGUGGAUUUGGGUUUGUUUCGUUUGUUACCGACGAGGACGCACUGAAUGCCUUGAAGGACUCGAAGAAAAACAAGUUCAAGGACAGACUGCUCAAGGUUUCUAUUGCAAAGCGCAGAGUGAGAAAGGACAAGGCUGCAAAGGAGACGGUGGAGCCACGGGCCAAGUCGCAGGAGGUGGCGAUGAAGAAGAGCGCCAAGCUGAUUGUGAGAAACCUGCCGUGGUCUGUGCGGGAGCCGAACGACCUGGUGAAGGAGUUUCUGAAGUACGGCAAGGUGAAGGAGGCGCACAUCCCUCGCAAGAAGGGGGGCAGAAUGACCGGGUUUGGGUUUGUGACGAUGAUGCGCCACUCUGCAGCAGCAAAGGCUGUGCAGGAGUCUGCCGGGCUCAAGAUCCAGGGCAGAGAGGUGGCUGUUGACUUUGCGAUCGACAAGAGCAAGUGGGAGGACUUCCAGCGGGAGCAGGAGAGUGAGAGUGAGAGUGAGAGUGAGGAGGAGCAGUCUGAGGCCGAGAGUGGGGGAGAGGAGUCUGAGGACGAAGAGCAGUCAGCGCACGAAGACAAUAGUGAAGACGAGGAGGAGGAAGCAGCAAAUGACGACGGCAGCGAGGCAGAAAACACCCCGGACCCCAACUUCGACAGACCGCGGCCCAACAGACAGGACAACUUCUCGAUCUUUGUGCGCAACAUCCCGUACGAUGCGACGCAGGACUCGCUCGAAGAGCACUUUUCCAAGUUCGGGCCCGUCCGCUACGCUCUUCCCGUGAUGGACAAGAACACGCAGAUGGCCAAGGGCUCGGCGUUUGUGGCGUUCAAGCGCGCCGAGGACUACGAGGACUGUCUGCUGAACGCUCCAGAGGUGAACCCGAACUCGAUGCUGAUUCCCGACGACGUCUCGCCGCUGUAUGUGUACGAGGGUCGUGUUUUACAGAUCAGUGCUACCGUUGACCGAGGCUCUGCUGCCAAGAUGGCCGAGCGGAACUCGGCUGCGCGCCAGGAGCUGCUGGGCCGUGUGCCCAACGAGAAGGACAAGCGGAACCUGUUCUUGCUGAAUGAGGGCCGUAUCACGUCCGGAUCGAGGCUGGCUACCCUGAUCAGCAAGACCGACCUGGACGUGCGUGAAAAGUCGUACAACCUGCGUGUGCAGCAGCUGAACAAGAACCCGACGCUACACCUGUCGCUGACUAGACUGGCAAUCCGGAACCUGCCGCGUGCGAUGAACGAGAAGGCCCUUAAAGCUUUGGGUCGUAAAGCCAUUGUGCAGUUUGCAACCGAAGUUAAGGAAGGCAAGCGACACGCGUUGAACAAGGAGGAGAUUGCCAGGUCGCAGCGACACAAGGAGUAUCUCCAGGAGAAGCUUGGCGUGAAGGAGGAGGAGAAGAAGUCCAAGAAACAGACAGGUGUGGUGAAACAGGCCAAGAUCAUCACCGAGGUGAAAGGGUCUGGAGCCAUGGGCCGGUCCAGAGGAUACGGUUUCCUGGAGUACCGGGACCACAAGAGUGCGUUGAUGGCGCUGCGGUGGCUGAACGCGCACGAGGUGAGUCGCGAAGAUAUUCUUGUUGGAUUGGACGAGGAGCAGAAAAAGGUGGCAGAAAGUGAGGGGACCAUCACGAAACGGCGGUUGAUUGUAGAGUUUGCAAUUGAGAACGCCAAGGUGAUGAAACGGCGGCAUGAUCAGAUCAUCUUGAGCAAGGCGCGCGGCAACAAGCGCGACGAGAAGCCGGACAGGAAAAGAGCCCGCCCCGACAGAGCCAAUGACAAGAGAGAGCCCCUGAAGCGCCAAAAGACAGAAACAGAGACCAAGAGCGGGCUAUCGAACGACGUGAAGCGUCUGAUCGGGUUCAAGAGAAAGCGCAAGCAGGGAAAGAAAUAG